UAGGCCUUCUGGUUCCGUGAGCCCCCGGCAGUCGCACCACUCGGAGCCGUCCCUGGGCUUCCUCCGCUAGCUUUCACCGGCAACUUAUUCCCUCUCUGCUCCAUGCGAUCGAGGCUUCUCUCCCACGGCGGCGUCAAGGAGCCCAAGAGUUUGUUCAUGCAACCCAAGCCACGAGCUCGCAUACCGCAUACACCUCCUUCGAUUCCCUACGCGGCUACGCCGUCCUCCAGAUUCCGCAGACCCGUCGCUGCCAUGGCGAUGCGCUCUCUGUUCGUCAAGUUGAAGGACCUCCCGCGUCGGAUCUCGAUCUCGGGCUUUGGCACCUUCGUCCACAAGGAUAACCCAAGAAUUCUAGAUCCUUACAAAUAUGGUUCUAUCGAAGAGAUGAUUCAAGCCCUGGAAAAGAAGUACAAGCCCUACUUCCAUAUGACACUCGCAUCACUGUGGCAUGCAGGAAGAGCACCGUGAAGGAUUGUUCCAGGUCUCUUCUCUUCAAUGUUACACAUUCAUUCAUUAUGUUCUGAUAUUAAUACUAUGUUUGGUUCCUCAAUAUUUUACUGUUUCAUACAAUUAUAUUUGUACAACUAUAUUUCUAAUUAUAAACAUUUCACACACAACUGCAUUCCUCACAUUUCAUUUAAAAAAAAUAUUUGCAUAAAUUUCGCUUAGCCAAAGAGUCGAUACAAAGUCGAAUCACUUCACAAAAUGAUGCAGACUUUUUCUAUUUUCUCCUAGAAUAAAAUUAAAGCAAUCUUACCAUACCAAUUACGAUUCCUCUUUUUAUCAGUUUCAUCAACUUGAAUUUUUUAUAUGUACUUCAAUUUUAGUAUUUAAGCAUAUCUUAUAUACAACCAUGCCAUAUAUCUCCAAUGCUAAAAUUGACUACAACUUCAUAUCUCUAUCUUUUCAAUACACUCAACUUCAACAUUUUUGUCCACAAAUCCCGCAGCAACGUGCGGAGUAUUCAACUAGUUUCUGCAAUUUCUGAGCUCAAUCACAUGAUCCAAACGAGGCGACUUCGGAAAUAUAAGCUCGUGCGUUAGUCAUUUGGUCUGUGCUCAAUUUACAGCAAAAACUUGCAUACUACAAUAAUGCACAUCUUAGUUUAGUGAUGUGUCGUUGUUCUUUUGAUCUUCAAAAUCUCGGUAUGGUACAACUUAUAAUUCGGCCAUCUUCUUGGUCUUGAGCUCUGAAACUUUGCUCUGCUGGAGUCAUUGACUUACACAGCACAACUGCGAAACAGAGGAUUGCUGAGGUACUUGAUUAAAUCCAGAUUCACAUGUAGGGGUUGCACUUAACCUAAUUAUUUUCUAGAAAAAGGGUUGACAGCGUCACCAUCCUACACGUAACUCUGAAUUCACAUGUUUUGGCUUCUCAUUUGAGUCCAUUUUCAUAAAAACAUGGUUUCACCCCCAAAGGGUGGUUGCAGUCAGCAACCCUGCACUACAAUGAUCCUAUUAACUACCCCAAGUUGCUACUCAUGGCAGGGCUUCUUCUUAUUGAUUAUAUAUUUUUUUACAAAAAAAAACAACGGUGGUCAACUAUAGCUCUGCACCAAUGGAGAUGCACGUGGUCAUAUAUUGUUCAUUUAAAUAUAAACAUCAUGAUUAGAAUAUGUCCAAUAAAUUGGUUGUGUGCAUUCCUCGUUGAUUCGGUGGCCAGAAAUUGUCUACAAUAUCCUCGUGUUAAGCGUUUCCUAGAGCCCACUGGCCCAUUUCAAAGAAAAAAUGUUAUUAUGUUGCUCUUGUAUCUUUUUUACAUCAUAAGCUUUUCUAGAUAGAAUUUGAUUAGGCUGAAUGAUGGAAAACACACCAUCAAGCCGGUGCUUAAUAAUGUUUUAUUUCCCCCUUGAUGCUAGUCUCCAGGCCCGGCUCUAGGCCUAGGCGGGAGGGGCGACUGCCUAGGG